GUUCCAGAACGUAAAAACAUACUGUUGUUUCCACUUUAUUGAUUUACUAAAUAACCAAUAGACGACUACAUGGGCGUGGAUUCGCGACAGCGUUUACGGGAAUUGACAAGACGCUUGCUUGGAAGACUCACCGUCGAGACUUAGCAACUUCAUUGCACAGGAUUUAAAACCCUUAUCGAUGAUACAUGCUCAAAAACAUCAUCAUAAUAGGAUAAUAUAAGUAGCCUACACUGAUAUUGGGCCGUUCUGGAAGAGAAAGUCAUUUUUUUCAGACAUUCGUGGACGGUAAUAAAGUAAUAGACAUAGGUGAGUUUCAUUAUGGGGCGUUUCAUAGGUUAUUGUCACUGGUCUACUGUAAGUACUGUAAUACUGUAAGCAAGAUGUUUAUAUUCAGAUUUCCCUUAAUUCACAUACUCCGAGUUUAACAUUCUGCUUUUUGAAGAUACACGUGGAUUUAAAUAUGAACAAUAUUUUUUGUUGUUGUCAUCAAUUAAAGAUUUUGUACUUUUUCACCUUUACUUUCAGUGAAUGCCUCGAAACAAGGCAAUGGACAUGGGCAGGCAGCUGUUGGUAAAGAUGCAGAGGACGAGGAAGGGCAAGUUCACGCCAAUCCCUGUAUUACCACAGGGCCUCGAGGUCCACUUCUACCUGCGAGACUCUCACCAGCUGGAGUUUCUCCGGGGUUGUUACACUGCUGAGGAGCUGUGCACAGAGGCAGCCAAGAAGUGUGGCAUUUCACCUAUUUGCUUCAAUCUGUUUGCCUUGUAUGACGAGGGCAUGAACAUCUGGUACCCUCCCAAUCACACCUUCAAAAUCGAGGAGAGCACUUGCUUAAAGCUCCACUAUCGCAUGAGGUUCUACUUCACCAACUGGCAUGGUGCGAAUGACAAUGUGCCACGUGUUUGCAGACAUGCCCUCAAGAGAAAGAACGGCAAUGGGCCGAAGACCGAAUCAGGGGGUACGGCACUCCUUGAGGCUGCCUCACUGAAGUAUCUGUUUGCCCAGGGUCAGCAUGACUUCCUGAAGGGGCGGGCCGCAGUGCGUAACCCUCAGAAUGAAGAGGAGGCCCACUGUAUUGAGAAUGAGUGCCUGGGGGUGGCAGUGUUGUCUAUCACACACAAUGCCUUGGAGAAGAACAUUGUCAACCCAUAUUUAGCAGGACAGAUCAGCUAUAAGAAAUACAUCCCAGAGAGCAUGAACCAAAUCAUCAAGCAGCGGAACUUCCUGACACGACUCCGCAUCUCCCGGGUGUUUCAGCACUUCCUUAACGAGUUCAACAACAAGACAGUGAAGAGCAACAAAGUCAACAUCCAUGACAUCAAGGUCAAAUACUUGGCUACGCUGGAGACUUUGACCUGUGGGUUCGGCUGUGAGAUGUACAAGCCUGAAGUGCUACGUGUUACUGACAGCGAAGGGGAGAUCGAAGGAACACCCACUUCCUGUAACCAGGGUCAGCCCACCCAGUACCAAGUCCUUGUGUCUGGAAAUACAGGGAUCAAGUGGCGGAGGAAGCAACAGAAUAAUGCAUGGACUGCCAAAGAGAAGAAAAAAUCAAAAAAGUACAAAACCGACAUCAACUGGAAGAACAAACCAGCUCAAGACGUUUCGAAUGACUGGAAAACCUUCUCUGAUUUCUAUGAGAUUACACACAUCAACAUCAAGGGCUCCACAGUCACUGUCCACAAGCAGGACAACAAAAAGAUGGAACUGAGCCUGGGUUUCCAUGCAGAGGCAUUGUCUUUUGCCACCCUCGUUGAUGGAUACUUCCGUCUGACAGUGGAUGCACAUCACUUCCUGUGUACAGAUGUGGCCCCUCCCUCUGUGGUACAGAACCUGCAGGAAGGCUGUCAUGGUCCAAUCAGCAUGGACUACACCUCCCACAAGCUGCGUCAGGAGGGCAGGGAGGAGGGCAUGUAUGUGCUGCGCUGGAGCUGCAUCGACUAUGACCACAUCAUCCUGACUGUCAAAUGCAAUGAAGCGGACCAGACCGAUAGCCAUCCGUACCGUAGCUUUAAGAUCGAGGUGGGGCCGGAAGGCUACGGCCUGAGUGGUACAGCCCUGAGGCAGCCCUCUCUCAGGGAGCUGAUGGAACAGCUGAUUGGCCAGAGACUUAGCACAGACGGAGUCUUCUUCCAGCUCCGCAAGGCCUGCCCUCCGCAGCCCAGAGAAAUGUCUAACCUGCUACUAGUGACAAAGAGAGAUGCAGAGCCGAUGUACCCCGUACAGAGUCAUGUCAUCUUCCACAAGAUCCUCAACGAGGACAUAGUGCAGGAGGAGCACUUGGGCUGUGGCACCAGAACUAACAUCUAUGCUGGCAAAUUUAAGAUAAAGAGUGAGGAAGAGAAGGAUGUGUGGGGUUCCCAAACCUACCACGAGGUGAAAGUGGUCCUGAAAGUGCUAGGGUCCCAACACAGAGAUAUCUCUAUGACUUUCUUUGAAACGGUCAGUAUGAUGCGUCAGGUGUCCCAUCAACACAUCACUCUGCUGCACGGUGUCUGUGUUCGCAACCAUGACAAUAUCAUUGUGGAGGAGCAUGUGACGCUGGGUCCUCUGGAUGUGUUCAUGCGGGGACAUCGUCUUGAACUCAGCGCCUCCUGGAAGUACCAGGUGGCCAAACAACUGACCGGCGCCCUCAGCUACCUGGAGGAUAAGAAGCUGGUCCAUGGCUAUGUGUGUGCUAAGAACGUCCUAGUGGAGCGGGAUGGCCUAGAGGGAGAGACUGGGCCCUUCAUCAAACUGAGUAGCCCUGGGGUCUCCAUCUCCGCACUCAACAUACAAGAGUGUGUGGAGAGGAUCCCAUGGAUCGCCCCAGAGUGUGUGAGGAACAGCCAGGCCCUGAGUGUUGCGGUGGAUAAGUGGGGAUUUGGCACCACACUGUGGGAGAUCUGCUAUGAGGGAGUUGCUCCUCUCAAGGACAAGAAACUCAUAGAGAAGGAGAUGUUUUACUCAGCCCAAUGUUCCCUGGUGACCCCAGACUGCCCUCAGCUGGCUGAGCUCAUCACCAAGUGCAUGAACUACGACCCCAAGAGGAGGCCCUUCUUCAGGGCCAUUGUCAGGGACCUCACUGGGGUGGCCGAGCAGAACCCAGUCCUGCCACCUAGUAGGGUGCCCAUCCAGGAAGUGGACCCCACUGUGUUUGAUACAAGGUUCCUCAGGAAAAUUGAUAACCUGGGAGAGGGUCACUUUGGUAAGGUGGAGCUGUGUCAGUAUGACCCCCAUGGGGACGGCCGAGGGGAGCUGGUGGCGGUCAAGUCUCUGAAGCCAAACAGCAAAGGCCAGCUGCCCUGCCACCUGAGAAGAGAGAUAGAUACCAUGAGAGAACUGUACCACCACAACAUUGUCAAAUACAAAGGAGUGUGUAGCGAGGAGGGUGGGAGGACCACUAAGCUGAUUAUGGAGUACCUGCCAGCGGGGAGCCUGAAGGACUACCUUCCCAAAAGAAAACACCAGACUGACCUCACGAGACUUCUCAACUACGCCCUCCAGAUCUGCCAGGGAAUGGAUUACUUGGGAUCACAGCGGUUCAUCCACCGGGAUUUGGCGGCCAGGAACGUUCUGGUGGAGAACGAGAGCACAGUGAAGAUCGCAGACUUUGGGCUGACCAAGAGCAUGAAGGAGGACAAGAGUUACUACACUGUCAAAGAGGACACCGAAAGCCCUGUGUUCUGGUAUGCUCCUGAGUGCCUGAUGGGCUCUAGGUUCUACCCUGCGUCUGACGUGUGGUCUUUCGGAGUGACCCUCUAUGAGCUGAUGACCUACUGCGAGUCAAGCAGCAGUCCUGAGCCGGUAUUUUUGAAGUUGCUUAGUCCAAGCGAGGGUAAGAUGACUCUCACCCGAUUGGUGGAAUUUCUGAUAGACGGCAAGAGGCUGCCAUGUCCACCUCGCUGCCCAGACACGGUGUACUCUCUGAUGAGGAGGUGUUGGGAGUUUGACCCGGCGAACAGGAUCCAGUUCAAAGGCCUGAUCACAGAGCUGGAGACGCUGCUGGACGAGAGGAACAGAGGACAGACUGGCUGUCUGAAGUGCUAGAGCUCACACAUAGUUGGAAAUAUACAAUAAUAUAACAUACACUGAGUAUACCAAAACAUUAGGAACACCUUCCUACUAUUGAGUUGCUCCCCCCACCCCUUUUUGCCCUCAGAACAGCAUCAAUUCGUCGGGGCAUGGACCCUGCAAGGUGUCGAGAGUGUUCCACAGGGAUGCUGGCCCAUGUUGACUCCAAUGCUUCCCAAAGUUGUGUCAAGUUGUGUGGAUGUCCUUUGGGCGGUGGAUCAUUCUUGAUACACCCAGAAAACAGGUUCUGCUUGAAAAACCCAGCGUUGCAGUUCUUGACACAAACCGGUGGGCCUGGCACCUACUACCAUACACCGUUCAAAGGCACUUACAUUUCUUGCACAUCACCCUCCGAAUGGCACAAAUACUCAAUCCAUGUCUCAAGGCUUAAAAAUCAUUAUUUAACCUUUCUCCUUCCCUUCAUCUACACUGUUUGAAGGGAAUUUAACAAGUGACAUCAGUAAGGGAUCAUAGCUUUCACCUGGAUUCACCUGGUCAGUCUGUCGUGGAAAGAGCAGGUGUUCUUAAUGUUUUGAACACACAGUGUGUAUGCCAUUUAGCAAACGCAUCUAUCCAAAUAGACGGAUGGAUGGAUGAAAAGGCAGACAGGCUGACAGACAGACUAAUGUCAGUUAACAGAAACAGACAGACGCAUGUUAGCACAGAUGGACUGACAGACAGACUGACAUUGACUACUACAUUGACUACUACAGACAUAAAAAUAGUAAUCUAGCACAGACAAACCGAUCAACAUACACAUGCACCGACAGACCAACACACAGAAAGACGUAAACCAUCACUGACAGACAGAAAGACACACCGAAAGCACAGGAAGGACAAAAGCUACAUUUCUUUACAAUACAGAAACACAUUGCCCAGAUGUGGGCUUGAUGUAUAUACUUUUCCACAUACUGUACAUACACAGUAACUCAAACGUAUUCUGACCUUCAAAUGCAUGCUGCUGUCAUUCACUAUGUUCUUUAGUACAGUAUUUGUUUCUUUCUUUUUACAAGCUAUUGAUACACAUUGUAAGUUAAAUAGGACCCUUUUCGAUAACUGAGUUAGUUCAUUUUGUAAGGAUGAAAGACAUUGAGGCGGUAAUUUGCGUUAGCCGACAAACAGAUAACGUUUUUUUUAGCCGGUGUCAGAGGUGUAACCAAUGAUGUAUAUAAACCCUGGAUUGCUGAUGCUAUGCAUUGGCCAAUUAGAGGCUUUGAAGCCACCGGUUGGGUAUAUUGGCACUCCCCAGAAGAAGCAGUCCUCCAUAGGAAUUCUAUAGUAUUUCCAUUAAUUGUUUCAAGGACAAAAUUGCAUGUAUUUAAGUACUUUUCUUGUUGUAUCGGGGACAUUAACAUGUGUAUGUUUAGCUCAGAUAAUAUACUUAAAAAGUAUGCAUCAACUUGUCUGUAAUAGAAUAAAUGUGGCAACAAAUUUAUUCUAUAGCUUCCAAGCUAUUUUUUACAAUGGUGGGGGAGUGCCCCCUGUCAGUCUUCUAGUGUGUGUAUAUAUAUAUUAUUGGGUGGAAAUCUUACUACAAGCUCUACACAGGCGCAAGAUUCGGAGUGUUGCAAAAAAGGGACGGCUCCUUAUAAUACGAUGCUAUUUACUGCCUGAAAAUUGAGACACACUGUAUCAUUCCUUCCGCAGCUGUGGGGGUAGUGUUUGUCACUUGGUUCCUUGAUCUAAUCUGUAGGCUACAGAGGCUAUUUAUCAUCACAGUAGCCCAUUUUGCAUUGAAAUAUAUUCUCAGUGACUGUUCAAACAGUAAACCACACGACAAGAAUCCACCCCAAAAGGCAUUUUAGUUUAGAAGUAAUAACUAUUGAUUCAGGCUAUUGCGAAAUGGUAGAACCUGCUGUAGUCAACUAGCUAGCCAUGUGCAUUUUUCUCUAUUACCAAAACAUGAUGUUCUAUUUUUAGCUGAUAUGGGAAUGAAUACACAAGCAGCAUAUCAAACUGGGAUAAUGUUUUAGGUUACACCGGCAAGUAUACAAAUAUUUGCCAGGGCAUAUUUUUUAAAAUUAUAAAUCUGAUUAUUUCACAUGGAGAUGUGGGAAGGUAAAAAGGCAAGCUAGCUUGAAAUGUUUUAGCCAGGCUAAAGCCAGCUAGCCAUGCUGCCAGCUAGCCAUGCUGCCAGCUAGCCAUGCUGCCAGCUAGCUACUACUAGCAAGGGAAGGCAAUAGUUCCUUGCCUUCACAAAAUGGAAAGACUAAAAUAUUAAAACUUUGCUAUUGCCCCCUAGUCAAUGGGAGUGGAACCGGUGAGGAUAUCAUGUUAAUAAAGUUGUCCGCUACUCCAAAAAUCCCACUCCACCCACGUGUGUACACGUAGAUCAACAGAGUAAAGCUUGUAGUAACCUUUAAACUUCAAUAGCUUUCACCCCAUAAUUGAUUGAACCUUUAUUUAACUAGGCUAAUCAGUCAACUGUGUUAGAACUGUCAAAUCUGUGAGCCCAAUUGAGAAGAUUAUUUCACACAUUCCAGUGUUCAAACUGCUGCAUGGGAUUUCUACUCAUGAUGCGACUAGGUGUGUCCAAUGGCGAUAGGUAACGCAGGGGACCCUUGUGGAUUUGACACCUCUUAACGCAGUUAUACCUCCGAUAGCGCCUAAACUAAAGCAAUGAAAAGCAAUGCAUUUGUUGGCUAAUGCGGGUUACCGCUGAUCUGAUUUAAGCCUGGCCUGCAUCUUUAAGGCAUGCACUUUUAAUAUUAUUUUAGAAUACGCUAAGGGUUCUAAUCUGCGAGAAUAUCUCCUACAAUUUUGGGCCGAUUUUCUUCAUUUUAGGCUCAUCGUCCCACAUGGGAUUAUCCACUUCAUAUUCCGCUGUGUUUUGUAUACAUUUUCCUGGUUUAUGUGUUUGGAAUUGCACGGUUACUAUUGCAUUAUCCUGCCAAAACUCUGAAUCGAUAAUCACGUCAUAAGGAAUUCCCCUCGACCACGCCCAACAAAUUGAGGGAAACAAACAUUCUUUCCCAUUGACCCCCAUUGUAAAAGAGCCAACUUGGUUGUUUA